CAGGUCCAUAAUACAGACAAAGAAUUCCGCAUCCGCAUGGAUCUUCAUCAGUUCAGGCCAGAGGAGGUCAAAAUAACUUCGGAUAAUGAAAAAAUCACAAUUAAUGCUAAGCAUGAAGAGAAACAAGACAACCAUGGCUUUGUCUCCAGGGAAAUAACACGGAUUUACAAGCUGCCAGAUGUAAGUAUUUUGUGA